ACAACACUCACAAAGUACUCUUGUAAGCAUACUUGAUAUAUACUGAUUAGCAUGGUUGUAAAUAUCCUGACUAUUCUCCGAUUAAUCACAAUUAAUCCUGAUUAAUUUCAAUUAAUUCUGACUAAUCCCUAAUUAAUCACUAGUCUCCACCCCAUCGUCCGACUAGCGACUAGUGAUUACUACAACACUGGUGAUUAGUGAAUGUUGCCUCAUUUGCAAACCAUCCAAACCAACUCACAACACUCACAAAGUACUCUUGUAAGCAUACUUGUAAGGCUUCUCUGUGUAGCAAAAUAAAGCCAUCUUUAUCUUUAUGUAGGAAGUUUGCAAUUUCGCAAUGCCCACAGUGAACUCUUACCAGGGCCGUCCCCGAGAAUCCAAGAAAAAAUUUAGGCUAAGGGUGAGUAGAAAAAAAACGGGCCUCAAUAGAGCCAAAAUUAGAUGAAAAGUUAAUAAUGGAUAUUGAUAAGUAAAAGAGUAAUUGGCUUAAUUUAAAAUGAGUUUUAGAGUUUAAUAAGGUUAAAAAAUUAAUAGAUGUUAAUGGGUUUAAGCAUUCAGCAAAGUAUAUAGAUUUUUCAAUCAAUAAGGUUCGUUUCGCGAGUUCGUCAAUCGUAUUCGUUUAGAGAGAAAGAAAAUAUAUAUAUUAAACAAUCUUGAGCAGGGGCGGAUUUACAGCCAACUUGGGGGUUCCUAGGAACCUGUUCGGUUCGUAAUUUAUAGUGUUAAAUUAUAAAUAAAAUUCUGAAGGAACCCUUUAAUAUUUUGUAAGGAACCCUAUAACCAAGUCUAUAGAUGGUCUACUGGAAAGUAUUCGCGCUUGUUAUACAUGAGGUCCCGUGUUCUAGUCCCUUUAGAGACGUUUUUUUAAUCAAAAAAGAUUUUUUUUCUUUUUUUAAUCAAAAACGAAUUAGGCGAUUAGGGUUUAGUUGUCAGCCCCUGUUGUCGCCUUUCUUAAUUACUCUCAGACUCAAACCCAAACACGCACACACUGAAGGAAACCUCACAUAUUAGAAAACGCUACCAGCCACCUGCCACCACUCCUCUCCACUCUCCAGCCACCAGCCCACCACAGCCGCUCGUCGGAGCCACUCCACACCGUUCUUCAUUUCGAUCACGUGAAUUAACUGGUAUUUACAUACCCCAAGUCUGCUUGUCUGUAUCUACCGAUUAGAGAUUUUGUUUGCUUUUAGAUAUGUUAUAGUUUGGUAAUUACAUACUCCAAUUCUGUGUUGAAUUGUUCAAUUGAUGAAUGAAUAUCUGAUUCUAUGUCAAAUUGGUUGUGAAACCUAGGGUUUAGAUUGAAAGAAUUGAUUGCCGAAUUAUAUAUAUAUAUAUAUAUAUGGAACCCGUUAAGUCUAACUACCUUUGAAAUCAAUAUCAUCCGUUCGAUUAUGCUGAGAUUAAAUCUGGGCCGUUUAAACUCUUAAUUUUAACCGCUGUCUUGGCAGUUCUGAGCGGUUACUUGCAGCAAGCAUGUUUUUCUGUCCAUGUUCCUACAUAACUAAACUCGAACAGCACCAUCCCACGUUCUGAGCAGUUUUUCUGUCCAUGUUUUUGGCAAUUCAGCACAUCUCUCCUAAACUCCUAAAUUUAUGCCAAUAAUCCAGCCACUUAGCUAAACUUUCGCACCCAAUAAUCCAGCCAAUUAAAUAAACUCGCACACCCAAUGUUGAACAGUUUUACCUACAAAAAAGGUUACAGAUUUUUAAAAUAACAAACUGCCACGAUAGGAGUUGUGGAUUUAACUACUCGGUUCCUAAAAAAAAUGGGUAGUGGUGGUACCUGCUGCAGUUGUGUUCUUCUAUAUAAUGAGAACUUGAGAAGCAAUCUUCAUCGUUCACUCAUUUUUUGUCUGAAAUAAUCACAUCAUGGAUCACUCACCACCAAAGCCAUCAGUUAUGCACGAAGACCAACCCGCUGGACACUGUAAGAUGCAAAUGAAGCAGAAGCUUCGAAAUGGUGCUGAAAUAAUCUACAGCGACCAGUUCAGAUUAGACAAGGCACCAGCUGGAGUCGAAGAGGCACAAUAUGGCGAAACACCUAACCUGCAAGUAAAGUUUCCUGAAGAAAUCGUUCACAUAGUUGUUCCCAGCCCACACAACUCCGAAAUGCUAAACCGAUCCAGAAAAAGAUCGAUAGCGCUGCAGAACUGGAAAUGGGACGAAGUCAUUGACCUCUCCAAUUCUGGCAAUGAUGAAGAAGAAGAUGAACUGGAAAAUGAUGAAUGGAUGAAUGCUGAUUGGGGUGACAAUGAUGACGUGGAGUCCUUCCUAAGAUGCAGCAAAAUCCGCCGUGUUUCAGCCACGAAACGGUUUUAAAGAUUAAGUUUUGGUUCCAUUACAUGUGUCUUGCUGUCAUGUUUUUAGAUACUACUUUUAACAUGUUUUUAUCAUGUCA